UUCAGUCUAGUUGUUUCAAUCCGCCAUUCUACAAAAACAACAAUGGCAACUCAUUCUUCUUCCUCUGUCAAACUGCCCUUCUAUCUCCUCCUCCUCCUCCUCUCGUCCAUGGCAUCUUCUCCAGCCCUUGCCCAACUCUCCGUCUCCUUCUACGCCACCACCUGCCCUUCUGUCUUCGACACCGUGCGCGCUUCUGUGAGGUCCGCCGUCAGCAGGGAGCCUCGCAUGGGCGCCUCCCUCAUUCGCCUCUUCUUCCACGACUGCUUCGUCGGCGGCUGUGACGGAAGCAUCCUUUUGGAUGGUACCGAUGGAGAAAAGACGGCAGCGCCCAACGCCAACUCGGUUAGAGGGUAUGAGGUGAUCGAUGCCAUCAAGGCCCGACUCUCCACAGCCUGCGGCGGCAACGUCGUCUCCUGUGCAGACAUCGUCGCCAUUGCUGCCCGCAAUUCUGUCGUAGAAUUGGGAGGACCGUCAUACGCUGUGCCAGUGGGGAGGAGAGAUUCAACAACAUCCAACAAAGACGGUGCCGAGAGGGAUCUUCCUGGGUUCGACGAGAACUUGGAUGCCAUCAUCGUCAAAUUUGCCAGUAAGGGAUUCACGGCGAGGGAGAUGGUCGCCCUCUCCGGCGCCCACACAGUGGGACAAGCUCGGUGCGCAACGUUCCGAGACCGCAUCUACAAUGAGACCAACAUCGACCCCACGUUCGCGUCCUUGCGGCAAGCCAACUGCCCCAGAUCUUCGGGUCAGGGAGACGGCAACUUGGCUUCGUUGGACUCCCAAAGCCCCAAUCGCUUCGGCAAUAACUACUUUCAGGAGUUGACGAGCAGGAGAGGACUCCUCCACUCCGACCAAGUUCUCUUUAAUGGCGGUUCCACCGAUUCCAUAGUGACUCUAUAUAGCAGUAACCCAACUGCAUUUGCUACCGACUUUGCCAAUGCCAUGGCGAAGAUGGGGAACAUUGGUGUGCUCACUGGAGCUCAGGGCCAGAUUAGAGUUGACUGCAAGAGGUAUACUUCUUCAACAAUGGCUUCCUCUAUGAUCUCAAGAUUCCUCCUCGUGGUUUCUGUCAUCCUUGCUGUAGUAACUUGCCCCGCAAGUGCACAGCUCUCUGUUAACUUCUAUGCCACUUCCUGCCCAAAUGUCUUUGACACAGUAAGAACCAUAGUUAGGUCCACUGUUAGCAAUGAACCUCGCAUGGGUGCAUCCCUUCUUCGCCUCUUCUUCCAUGACUGCUUUGUCAGCGGCUGCGAUGGCAGCAUCCUCUUGGAUGGAAGCACUGGAGAGAAAGAAGCCCUCCCUAACGCGGACAACUCAGUGAGAGGGUAUGAGGUCAUCGACACCAUCAAGACUCAGCUGAACUCUACUUGCAGUGGUGGAAACGUCGUCUCUUGUGCAGAUAUCGUCGCCAUUGCUGCUCGUGACUCUGUUGUUGCAUUGGGAGGACCUACUUAUUCAGUAGUAGUAGGAAGGAGAGACUCGAGAACAUCCUUUCAAACUGCUGCAAAUAAUGAGCUCCCCGGCUUCUCUGAAGACCUGGGCGCCAUCACCACCAAGUUCACCAACAAGGGGUUCACUCAGCGGGAGAUGGUUGCCCUGUCAGGCGCGCACACAGUCGGCCAAGCACGGUGCUCGACAUUCCGUGACCGCAUCUACAACGAGACCAACAUUGAUUCCACACUCGCGACCAGUCGCCAGGCCAACUGCCCAAGAGCACAAGGCCUGCCGGGUGACAGGAAUCUAGCACCACUGGAUGGAACACCCACCACCUUCGACAACAAUUACUUCCAAGAUCUGACCAACAGAAGGGGACUCCUCCACUCAGACCAGGUCCUCUUUAAUGGCGGUGCCACUGACUCCAUUGUCAGAACUUACAGUACCGAUGCCAACACCUUUUUUAACGACUUCGCCAAUGCCAUGGCCAAGAUGGCGAACCUUAGUCCGCUCACUAGAACCCAAGGUGAAGUGAGGAUCAAUUGCAGGAGACCCAACUAGAACCAGUAUGAUGGAAUUAUUCGUAGGCAAGCAAAAUAUGGCUGCCAUUUUUGAAUGUUUUUUUCUUUUAGUGUUUGAUCUGAAUGCAUUGUGGCCAUUAGUCAUAUCGACAGUAGUGCGUCUACUUUUGCCUUUUUGUAGCUUUUUUGUCCUCUUUGUGGAAACAGAACUUCCACAUGAUAACGGCGCAAGUCUCUGUCCUA